GACGCAGGCUUCACAUCGGCUGAUGACCGUUCACAACAAAGACGAAAAGCAGAUUUUUAUUUUGAGUCAGCGCAGUUUCAUCAGAUAACCGCUAUAUUAUUCCGGGUCAAAAAGAGAAAAAACGACCGCUAUCGACUUGAUAAGUGGGAAGUCCACCAUGUUGGUUAUCCACGAGCCCACAGGCUGAAGAGGUCUGAUCAGUUGGGAGUGCUGGGAACCGAGAGAUGGGGAACUCAGCCACCAAGUUCCGCAAGGCACUGAUCAGUGGAGACGAGGUUCUGGCCUAUCAGCUCUAUGAGGGAAACCCUCAGUUCAAAGAGUCUCUAGACCCCAACACCUCAUAUGGGGAACCUUACCAACACAACACCCCGCUCCAUUAUGCUGCCAGACAUGCCAUGACACGUAUACUCAGGUCCUUCCUCUUCAGCAAAGAUGGGAACCCCAACAAACGAAAUGUGCAUAAUGAGACUGCACUGCACGUUUUGUGCAUGGGGCCGCAUAUCCUGCUAUCAGAAGGGGCACUGCAGCCGCGUCUGGCCUGGCGCUAUGAAGAUGAGCGCAGACGGGCUGAGUGCCUCCAGAUGAUCUUAAAAUGGACUGGCGCCAAACUGGAUCGUGGUGAAUAUGAGAGCGCAGACAUCAGUGCCACUGAUAACAAGAAGAACACCCCACUGCACUACGCUGCUGCCUCAGGGAUGAAGACAUGUGUGGAGUUUUUGGUGAAGCGUGGUGCAGACCUAUUUGCUGAGAAUGAAUACAAGGAGACCCCAUGUGACUGUUCGGAGAGGCAGCACCAUAAUGAGCUUGCACUCAGUCUGGAGUCUCAGAUGGUCUUCUCCACCGACCCCCACGCUGAGGAUAUCGAGGCAGAGUAUGCUGCUUUAGACCGCAGGGAGUUUUAUGAAGGUUUGCAAGUGCAGGACCUCAGGAGACUGAAGGACAUGUUGAUAGUGGAGACGGCAGACAUGCUGCAAGCUCCUCUCUUCACCGCAGAGGCUCUUCUCCGCGCUCAUGACUGGGACAGGGAGAAACUUUUGGAAGCUUGGAUGUCUAACGCUGAAGACUGCUGCCAACGCUCAGGUGUUCAGAUGCCCACUCCCCCACCCAGAGGCUUCAACACCUGGGACACGCUGCCCUCACCCCGUACACCUCGCACAACUCGCUCAUCCAUCACCUCCCCGGACGAGAUCAGCUUGACCCCUGCUGACGAUGAUCGCUCCCUGUGCGGAAUUUGUAUGUGUGCAGCCUCUAUGUUUGAGGAGCCUGUUGAUAUUCCAUGUGGCCACGAGUUCUGCAGAGGAUGCUGGGAAAGCUUUUUGAAUCUGAAGAUCCAGGAGGGGGAGGCCCAUAACAUCUUCUGCCCAGCAUAUGACUGCUUCCAGCUGGUUCCUGUUGAGGUCAUUGAGAGCAUUGUGUCCAGAGAGAUGGACAAACGUUAUCUGCAGUUUGACAUCAAGGCAUUUGUUGAGAAUAACCCUGCCAUCCGGUGGUGCCCGCGGGCUGGCUGUGAUAGAGCGGUGCGUUUGGCCGGACAGGGGCCAGGUGCCAGCACCUCUGACCAGCUGAGCUUCCCUCUUCUCCAGGCCCCUGCGGUGGACUGUGGCAAGGGCCAUCUCUUCUGCUGGGAGUGCCAAGGAGAAGCACAUGAACCUUGUGGCUGCCAAACAUGGAAGAUGUGGCUUCAGAAGGUCACUGAUAUGAAACCAGAAAAACUGGCAGAUGUAAGUGAGGCAUAUGAAGAUGCUGCCAACUGCCUGUGGUUACUCACCAACUCCAAACCCUGUGCCAACUGCAAAUCUCCCAUUCAGAAGAAUGAGGGCUGUAACCACAUGCAAUGUGCCAAGUGUAAAUAUGAUUUCUGCUGGAUCUGUCUGGAGGAGUGGAAAAAACACAGUUCCUCUACUGGAGGAUAUUACCGCUGCACACGCUAUGAGGUCAUUCAGCAGGUGGAGGAGCAGUCCAAAGAGAUGACCGUUGAGGCUGAGAAGAAACACAAAAACUUCCAGGAACUGGACCGCUUCAUGCAUUAUUACUCACGCUUUAAGAAUCAUGAGCACAGCUACCAGUUAGAAGAACGCCUUCUUAAGACGGCCAAAGACAAGAUGGAACAACUGAGCAAAGUUCUUAGUGGAAGAGAAGGAGGCCCUCCAGACACUACUUUCAUUGAAGAUGCAGUGCAUGAACUACUUAAGACUCGCCGUAUUCUCAAAUGCUCUUACCCUUACGGGUUCUUUCUGGAGCCCAAAAGCACAAAGAAGGAAAUAUUUGAACUUAUGCAGACUGACUUGGAAAUGGUAACUGAAGACCUUGCACAAAAAGUAAACCGGCCUUACCUCCGCACCCCUCGUCACAAGAUAAUCCGUGCUGCCUGCCUGGUGCAGCAAAAAAGGCAGGAGUUUCUGGCUUCUGUGGCAAGAGGUGUGGCCCCCAACGAUUCACCUGAGGCCCCUCGACGCAGUUUUGCUGGUGGAACAUGGGACUGGGAGUACUUGGGUUUUGCCUCUCCAGAGGAGUAUGCAGAGUUCCAGUACAGACGUAGACACAGGCAACGCAGGCGUGGAGACAUGACCAGCCUCCGAAGCAACACACCGGAUCCUGACGACUUAAGCCACAGCACUUUAGACACACAAGAGAUUGGUGACUGUCAGAGACAGGGAAUGCCAAUGCCUCAUAGUUCCCUGGAUGAGGAUGAUCCAAAUAUCCUGUUGGCCAUCCAGCUAUCUCUUCAGGAGUCUGUACUGGCUGCAAGUAGUGUUGGUGUUGAUGCUCAAGAGAUACUCGCCAGUGAGGCAUCACUGGGGGCCAUCGGAACAUCCCUACCUACACGACUGGACCCGGUGCUGUGCGGGAUAGAUGUGCCCCGUGCUGCCCUGAGCAGCUCUGAGCUGUUGGAGGUGGGUGACAGUCUGAAGAAGCUGGGUAAUAUCAGUGGGCAGAAUCUCCCUCUGCGUUAUGACAACCUCAACAAUCCUAUCCACGAGUCUGGAGAGGGCCCCUUCCCAGGUUCGUCUGGACGCAUGGAGACCUCUGACUUCAGUUCAGACAACGCCAACCUUCUAGGCAACAUCAUGGCCUGGUUUCAUGACAUGAAUCCCCAGAAUAUCAGUUUGGUUCCCUCAGCCAGUGCAACGCAUCAAGAAUUCAGUGCACAGUCAGCGAGGAUGACAUCAGAGCAUCAGACUGCAGAGUGUGCCAUUCCACAAUGGACAGCGGUGGGCAGUAGAGAGCAAGAGUGCGAGUAUGGCACCAGUGGCGCCACCGGAGAGCGCGAACCUGUAAGGCCUACGCAGCUUGACCUAGUAGGUCUUGAUGUGUCUCUGGUACCUCCUUCGUCUGUCGAGUUAGGGGAAACUCCAAGCGGUUCCAACCCCUGUCACUCUGACACAGCAAAAUGUGACUCAGACCCUGACCAGCCUAGCAGUAGCUCCUCUGAAUGGGAGGGACAAGUACAUCUUGUAUGAAAUGCUGACUCCACCCACUAGCUAAGUCACUUUUUGACGUGAAGUAUCUGACAGAUUUGAACCCAAGGAAACAAGAUUAAUCAUGACAAGAUAAGCUUUCGUAGAUGUAAUGUCAGAUAUGUAGAAUUUGAAGCCGUGUUUUAAGAGUACACAAAUGUGACUGACCUCUGUAAAUGUGUUCUUUGCUUACUGAAAACUCUUUCCAGUCAUGGAGUGUUAAACACUUGUAAAGAGUCAGCAACUGAACCAGAAAGCGCUACGAAAUCCCAGACAGAAAUGGAUGUGUGGUAAUCUUGUGCAGGUAGCCAGAUUGUAGGGUUCCUGUCUGAUUGCUAUCAAUGAGAAAAAUCUACUGCAAAGAACAGGACGGUACAGACAUCUGUGUGUGUUUUCUGUUUUUAUCCAUGAUUACAAGGAUGUAAAACAUACUGUAUGUGCCAAAAACACUGCUUAGCACAUGCCGAGUUCACUAGCUCCCAGUGGACCGUGUGCUGAUCUUGUCUGCUGCUGAGGGCUUAGUCGCCCUGUCGAGUACACUAUCCUUCCUUUGAACGAGACCUGUAGGAUUAGAGAAGUAUACAUUGGCAUCUCUCUCAAAAGAGCAGGGCUGUUCUGUGGUUCUGAUAAUUCCAGCAAUUAAGAGAACAGUUAGAUGCAGUCUAUUUUUCUUGUUUUAGUCAAUCGUAAUCACUGUAAUCCGUCACUGGUAAAUUUGAAUUGAAAGUAUUGGCGAGGCUGAACUCAGUGUAGGAGUGCCGAGCUGGUUCUGUCAAAUAUUUUCUCUUCACAACUUAUCACAGUGCCUUUUCUGUGAAACUUCUCUUUAUUUAUAGCCACACUCUUUUGCGCUCUGAGCUUAGAGUGUGUGAAGUUCCAUCACACAUCAUUGUACAUUCAGGUGGCAAUUUAGCAAACAGCCUCUGAGGUCAAUGUUUUUAAAAGACAUUUUUGUAUAUGUUCAGUUGUCCUUUAGCAUGCCUUUGGUCCCUUUUCCCUGGGUGUUGUUAAAGGAAUUAUUUCAAACAGAAAGAAUGAACUAACUCAUAGACGCAUUGCGAUUUACCUGGAUUAUAUCCAUCUAUAUUUAAUGUGGAGAUACUAUACACCGCAUGCUAAUUUGGUAUACAAGACAUGUGGCCACAAUGUGUAACAUUCAGGGUUUACAAGGGUAGGCCUAAAGGGGAUAAUCAAUGAGUGCCAACUUUAAAGGUAUAGUUUAAUACAAAAAAAUUAAUGUUAUCUGAUCAUUUACGCGCCCUCAUGUUGUUCCAAUCCUUUAUGAUUUUCUUUAUUCUGUAAGAACACAGUCAAAGAAGUUAAACAGAAUGAUCACAUUGCUCUUUUCUAUUCAAUGACACUGAAUUGUGACCAGUAGCUGUUAAGCAUAAGAAUCCUGCCUAAUGUCUCCUUUUGUUUUCCAUGGAAGAAAGACAGCCAUAUGAGUUUGGAACAACACGAGGGCACGUAAAAAAUAACAGUAUUGUUUUGGUGAGCUAUUCCUUUAAAAAGUCUUUAGCCCACUACAAAUCCAUAGAUGCAAUCUUGAUACAUGUCAGAUACAUUCUUCCAAGAAUCGUAAAACAGAAAUAGAACCAGGAAAAUCAAGAUUUCAUGUAUUUCUCUUUCUGUUUCAAGACACUUCUGUUAUCUUUUUUUAAUAAAUACAGGUCUUAUCAAUGGAUCCUUUAAAGGUGUGUGGCAAAGGCACACUUAUAUGAUGCCAAGCAGCUGUAUUAGCUGUAGAUAGCACAUUUCUACAGAUGGUGGAUUCAGUUUUUCUACAAUUAAUGCAACUGUGGUAUUUAUCUUCAAUAAAUUAUGGAAAUGAAAUUUCUAUUGUUUAAAAUUGAAGGUCAUUCUAUAAAGUGGAUGAAAUUGAAGGUUGAUGUAAAGAAAAAAAGAAAACAAAUGAGCAACAAUAUAUAUAUAUAUAGAUAUAGUAUAUAUCAAACUGUAAUAACACAUUGCCACUUUUGAAUAUUUGCUUAUUAAAAAUGUGAUGGCUGAUUUAAGUGUUAAAAGCCGUUAAAAAAAAUUUACAGAAUGUUUUUCAUUUGCUUUCAUUUACUGCGAACACCUGGCCAACUUUAUAUCAAAUGAAACUCAGCUACAUUGUUCAGCUUAAUCACAGCAGCACUGAAUUUUAAACACUUCAGAAGAAUUGCACAAAAUUAGCACACACUUCAGCCUUCAAAUAAGCCACUUUAUUUGAUAGGUUUGCUGUCAUUUUGGCACUUUUAACUUGAUUUGAUUGAGCAGGUGUCUGAUGUAUUACUGUAGGCUUAAAGGAAUAUGUAUGUUGAGUCUGACCUUAUGACCUAAAGCAGAAUUGCAUUGCAUAAUUAUAACUUUGCAAAAUGAAGGCAAACCUGUUUGUAAAGAGGUAUUUUGAGACUUGAAAUAAUUUCACAGGAUUCGUGAAAAUUUGCGGGUGUACACAUUGUUUUUAACUUUAUGCAUGUGUGAUCCGAAUCAUUUAAGCUUGAUAAAUUGCAGUAUAUCUUCAGAGUAAUGUAUGUCGCUAAAGGUUGAGGUGGAGCUAAUGUCUGUUUUUAUAUAGCAUAUGGUAGAUUCUGAACAUCUGUCCAGACAUGACAAAAAAUAAAUCAAUAAAAAAAGUUGUCCUGUAUGUGACAGUUCGCUGUUCAUUAAGUAACUAUAAUAAGAAUAGAUCAUGUUUUCCUGACAAGGCCAUUCAAGUGUCAAAGCUAUUGUUUGGGGUGCACAUUUUGUAACCAUUGCAGAUUUUAUAUUAAGCAUCCAAUCCUUGAAAUGGUAUUUGCACUUUCAUAACUUUAUUUGAUACAUUCCCAGUUUAUAUGGAAAAAACAUAUGUGAUGUUUGGCCAUUGAAUUGGACCGAUAUGAGUGUGAAUCUUAAUAAAGUUUUUUAGACAAGUUCAGUUAAGUGAUAGUGUUCUUUAAAUUUAAUUGUUAAGACGGUGACAUUAAGAGCUUAUGGGAUGAAAAAAUUAAAUUACAUUGCAAAGACAAUAUACAAAUACAGCAAUAUGCUCACUGAAACAAAAAGCAGUAUUUCAAUAAGGAUCUAUUUAGACUUGAUUUCACCCUUAAAAAUGACUUUGGCUGGUAUCAUUUCAUGCACUUUGGUUGAUUCAGCCAUAUUAAAAAUGCUUUAUUGUUGAAAUUGCUUCCAAGAAAGUGCUUUUAUUGUGUAAGUGAUAAUUACAAAAACAGGUAGGACAAUGCAAUGGUUCCUGAUUGCUAGCAUUGCAGUGCCAGAUUACACAAAGUUUCAAGCACAGUUAUAGCUGUUAUGCCUUAGCAGUCCAGUAGAGUGUAGUAAAUUCCCAGAGAAUAGAGGAACAAGACUGAAUCACUCAGGGCACGAUGGCGUCUUUGAUACUGGCAAACAGUGCUGGCACUCUCCAUCCCAGACUCAUGGAAGCAAUUCAAGACGUUAUUUAGAGGAGGAGGAACUCAAAGUUUCCUCAAGAGGCCAUUAAAUACACCAGCAGAACAUCCUGCAUUAUAUUCCCACAGUCAAGAUGAAUUCAGUGUAAAUAAAAAAAAAAAAAGGAAUCUGAAAAUGCUGCUCUUUUAUUUUUAAGAAGGUGCACCUCUGGUGUUUGUGUGGGGCUAUCUAUAACACUAUAACUAUGAAUGAUUACAAUAUUAUCUGACAGACGUUUGGACAUUUCACUGGAGCUAAUUCUGAAGAAAUACAUUUUUAGACUGAUAUUAAAUGUAGUUAUGGACUUCUAAAAGCUGUUGUCUUUCCAUCAAAAUCUCUCUUGAUUUUAGGAUGAAUCUGUUGGGUUGCUACGACUUAUGUAUUUUAUCAGAAUUACCAUUUUUGCACAGCGGGCUACAAAAUAUCCCCAAAAUCCCAUAGACUUGCAUUAAAGGAAUAUUCUGUGUUCAAUACAAUUUAAUCUUCAGCUUUUGUGGCAUAAUGUUGAUUACCACAAAAAUGUAUUUUGUCUCGUCCCUUCUUUAAAAAAAAAAAAAAAAAAAAGGAAAAAUCUGGGUUACAGUGAGACACAAUGGAAUGGAAUGGGGCCAAUUUUUGGAGGGUUAAGAGGCAGAAAUCUGAAGCUUAUAAUUUUAUAAAAGCACUUAACAAUAAUUCUUCUGUUUAAACUCGUGUUAUUUGAGCUGUAAAGUUGUUUGAUGGACAUUUUACAGUUGUUUUAGAGUUUAUUGACAUUACAUUGCCAUGGAAAAGAAGUUGCAAAAUUGGCUAUAACUGACACAGAAUAGGUUAAGUGAUUUUAUCACAUUAAAUUAUGUUUACAAGCAUAUUGUUUUAUGUCUUGUGGCUAAACUUAAAAAAUUUGCCCCCCAUUCACUUCCAUUGUAAGUGCCUUGUGUAACCCAUUUUUUUUUUUUUAAAGGGGACCUAAUAUGCAAAAUUCACCUUUACAUGGUGUUUGAACAUAAAUGUGUGUUGGCAGUGUGUGUACACAACCACCCCAUAAUGAUAAAAAAUCCACUCUGUCCUUUUUUUUUUUAAUCCCCAUUUAUCAUAAGCACAAUCUCAGAACAAGCCAUUCGCAGAUUCUGUACAAAGUGACGUCACUUUGUACAGGCUCUGCCCACAACUGUUGACGAACA